CUAUUUACAUGGCAACACACAGCUGGCAUCAAUCUUGAACCACAAAAUGAAACAUUACAGGCUAUUUAGAGCAGCACGUUGUUUGGAGAAGUAUUUCCCAACAAGUUCAGGAAGACACACUUUGAGAAAGAAGUCUUGUGCUUGCUUUAAACGUGGUUCCCAGAAAUCCACUUCAGGGAAGAUGCGUAUCACAGCAAGGUCUCUCUGUGUCCACACAACGAGGUCACAGUGGUUGGCGCCAGUAACAAAGAUUUGUGUUUGUACCUGACAGUAGUGUAUCCAGUAAUGGUGACAAAUCCUCCAGCGUUGCAAUAGGAAAAGUGUAAGUUUGUAAACUUUUUAAAAAUGCAAAGCCAUGUACACUUGUGCACUUCAAAAAUUCAUUGUAUACUGCAUCUUCUUGCACAUCUCCGUUUCCUGUGUGUGUGUUAUUAUAAAUCAAACUGUAACUGUAGGAAAAAAUAUGCCAAAAGCACAUUUGUAAUUACUUAUGAACUUUUUCUACUUAUUUCUUUAGACCAAAUCCCCUGUACUCAUAUAGUGACUCAGAGGAUGAGCAGCCCACAAAAAAACGGUUUCCCCAGGCCCCUCGAGUGAAAAUACCAGCCCUCACCACUCCGCAGUCUUCCCCCCAGCCCACUGACAGCAGGCAUCAUAAUGCCCCUCCCAGCUUCCGGCACCUUUCGCCACUCCGGCAGAACACUCCAAACGACACAGCUUUGCAAUCUCCCCAGCAUGCAUGAGUCUGAUGUCGAGGCCUUCCCUAUAGAUGAUUCCAGAGACUCUGUGAGGCCACUAUUACAAGAUGCGACCUCACAAAAGAUGUUAACGAUGCUGUCAGACCUGACCAGAGCAGUUAACGAACUCCGUGAGGAGGUCAGAGCCAUCCGCCAUCCCUGCUGCAAUGAAUCGGUAGAUGCUGGGGUACUGCCUCUGGAUUUGCUCUUGCACAACAUUAAGGAGCUAAACAAUGCAGAGGCAGCUCUUCAAUCGCAAGAGGCAAAUAAGGCAAUGGUGAGACGCUUUGCCUUGAUUGGAGGGACCACACUGGAGGUGCGAGUCCGCCGUGUAAUGGCUUAUGCCAUCACAAACGAGCUGGCCUCAGUACUAAACUGGGCAGGGAAAAAAACAAAGGACCAGACGAAGCAAAAAAGGGCAUUUAAAGAUACAGCGCUGUGCAGAUGCAUAUUUGAUGGCCUGACGCAGCAGUUAGGGGCAAACUCUAUGUCAGAGUUUGUCUUUGCACAGGCAGUGCAGAAAUGGCUCCAAUACGCCCCAGAUCGUUUGGGUGGCGCAGGAUGCACAUCAUCCGUCCCCAUCCCGCAGUAAAAACUACAAAGUUAUGUUAAAAUAUAAAUGUAAAUAGAAAACUGUGUUUUAAUAAAGUAUUUAGCAAACGAAACAUGUCUAUUGACCUUUUUUUGUUU